UCACUCAGCUCAACAGUCUCCAGUCUACCAACUGGUCUCUGUGAUAACUAUUUAAAUCAGUCUGUCCUGACUCAGCUCAACAGUCUCCAGUCUACCAACUGGUCUCUGAUAUAACUAUUUAAAUCAGUCUGUCCUGACUCAGCUCAACAGUCUCCAGUCUACCAACUGGUCUCUGUAACUUCAUCUUUGUCUCUGUGGUGAACAGUCUUCAGGUGAUGAUGGGAGUAUUGAAUCAUCUCUCUACUCUCCUCCUCCUCUCUCUCCUUCCUCCUGCUCUCUCUCGUGUAGUGGAUAAGUUCAGCGAUGUUCCACAGUGCCAGAAGUUCUUCCUGGAUGGGACAACUCCAAAUCUCCCAGGUAUUUUGGUUGGUGGGAUAGUCAAGGACCAGAACCGCUACAAGCCGAUCUGCCAGUUGUUCAACAACACCUACAGGUUUGCAACUCUCUACGACACGUUCAACAGGAUCCCUGUGUUCUCAGCCUACACCUUCUCCGGUCCUCCUACUGGCCCCAGACCAAAAGAUCCCUGGAUGAUCGAACCCCAGCUCGACGGGAUCGACCGCCCUGAAAUGCAGAAACAAGAGGGAGGCAGUUACGAACACCAGGCUGUGCAAAAUGACUAUAGAGACUCACAAAAUAAAUGGCUGAACAGAGGUCAUCUCUUCCCAAAUUCACAUGCUCAUUACCUUGAUACUCAGAAGUCCACCUUUACCCUGACCAACAUCGUUCCCCAGGUGGUGUCCUUCAACGGGGGCAGCUGGAAAGAAAUGGAGAGAAAUGUCAGAGAAAAGCUGAUGACGGACUGUUUUAGUAACGACCAGAUAAAAGCCUAUGUGGUGACUGGAGCAGUGCCCAACAACAACAACAACAAACUGAACAACAGAGUGAACAUCCCGUAUCUCAUGUGGACAGCCUUCUGCUGUAAAAACAAGAUGUACAUGAAGAACAAGAAGUGGAUUGCCGGAGCACACUGGGGGUUGAACAAAAAGGGGGAGGCAUUGAAUCAACUAACCUUGGGAGCACUCGAAGAGAAGUUGAAAAAAUAUCACAAAGGUAAAAAUAUAACUGUCAAGGUGUUCCCAGGAGAUUGUCCAAGAGUUACUAAACCUACCACUUCCUCCUAACCUAGUUGGAAGAAUUUAUUCCGUAGUGAGGAAUCUUUACAAUUCCAUUAGACAUAGUUCUGGAAGGUUCUUUGGAUGAUCUGGGUACAGAUGCUCUCACCAUAUCAACAAACUAUCGUUACUGUUAGAGUAAUGAUUAUCAGGGUUAAAUUGGUAAUGAGGGUAUAUAAUGGUAACGAGGGUUGUAAUGGUAACGAGGGUUGUAAUGGUAACGAGGGUUGUUAUGGUAACGGGGGUUGUUAUGGUAACGGGGUUGUUAUGGUAAUAAGGGUUACAAUGGUAAUGAAGGUUGAACAUAUGUACACUUUCAAUUGUAAUACUUUUCUCUUCUAUGUCUAUAUAUAUCUAUAGUCUAUUCUCUUCCCUCUACCCAUCUCUUCUAUGUCUAUAGAUAUCUAUAGUCUAUACUCUUCUCUGUUGAUAUCAAAUAUAAAAAGUAUGUAAGGGGACAGAAUUCUAUUUUAAUAAAUAAAAUACAGUUGAAUUCCUUGAUGAUGUGCUGCCAUUACUCUUGUUAAUAUUAAUAAUUAGGUUUACAGCAGGGUUGAGGUCAAUUCCAUUUCAAUUCCAGUCAGUUCUAGAAGUACACUGGAAAUCCAUUUCUCUGCCAUGCUUUUCAAUGAGGAACAUUUGGAAUUGAAAUGGAAUUAACCCCAACACUGGCCUACAGUUUGUCAGGUUGUGACUUCCUUAUGACUGUUACCAUGGAGAUACUAUUAUAUGUUCUGAAUGUAAUUCUAUCACUGUAUGUAUCCAUCUUCUUCCCAUCUGAAGGAAUAAACAUCUAU